ACAUUUACAAGUCCGACCACAGCUGUAGCGCUCUAUAACUCCACUACUCAUUACUGCAGAUUUACUCCACUCUGCUUCUUUAUUUACUUCACUAACUAUGAUGCUCAUGGCUCAAUCAGGUGGAUGGACUCUUUUCCUCCUGGCUGCUGUUAUUCCCAGUGUUCACCUCCAGGGGAACAACAGCUCUAUCCAGCUCGAUUCUAGCUCUGACCUGAACACUGAGGCUCAAAUCUACCACUCUGUUGAGGAGAUCCCUCCAAAAGGUGUUCAGGUCCAGGGAAACAGCAUCUCUGACCAGGCUGACUCCGACUCCAAGGUGACCACUGAGGCUCAGAUCUACAACUCUGUUGAAGAGAUCCCUUUAAGAGUUGCUCAGGGGAACAGCAGCUCCACCCAGCCUCUAUCUGACUCUGAGGAGUUUCCCUCUGACGCUCAGUUCUACCGCCCGGUCCUUCAGCCCUCUGAGUCCAUCCCUCCUAUAGGGGACUACAUGCUAAAGACUCUUGCUGGGAUACCAUGCAUCAAAGCUAAAAUGGGAGUGGUGUUCAUUGUCAUCGAAAAUAAGACCCGGUACCUGAGCCUCGAACCGACCAGCGUCAGGACCACCGGUUACUGCGGUAUAAAAACUGCCGUCCUCUGCCUCACUCUGCCAAACAACGCUGCCAGUCUGCAGUUCGUCUUCAAAAAGAACAAGACUCUUUUCUCCGUCACCAAGCUGACCGCUCAUUUGACUCCUUUGCCUCCCUGCAAUGGAUGUCGAAAUAAGACUUACUCAGGUGUCAUGGCCCAUGAAGAGCUGUUCACUACGGCUACAGGACAGAGCUUCAAGUGCAAUUCUGAGACUCUGUUCCUGAUGUCGUCUCAGCUGAACAUCAAACUGGUUCCUCUGCAGGUGCAGGCCUUCACGCUGAACAAAGGAGAGUUUGGAAAAGAUGUGGAGUGUUGGGCUGACUAUAACAAGCGAGUCAUCCCCAUCAUCAUCGGGGCCGUAGUGGUGUGUAUCAUUUUGAUCGUUGUGAUAACCUUCCUGAUCGUUAGAGACCGCCGGACAGAAGGUUACAACAGCCUGUGAGAGAUCCUGUGAAACGUGACGGAGAUGUAAUCCAGCUCGAAGACGAUUUGAGAGCUUGUUUGUGACUGUUACAAAAACUUCCCUCCUACACUUGAAGUGAUGUUUUUCUCCUGCCUGGGAUUCGUCCAAAAAAUAAACAAAGGUCUGAGGUCAAAUAUUCUGAUGAUAAAUGCAAACGAUGCUGUUUAAAAAAUAUAUAAUUUCAGUUUUUCAAAGGUUUUAUUUUCUAUCUCCCGUUCUCUUUGCAAUUAUAUUCAAUUAGCAUUUUGUUGGACGUGUUUUGUUGAAACAAUCUGAUUUAUUUCAUGUUGAACAGUUAUUUAAAAAAAAAAAGGGAAACAGGCUUUAUGUAAAUAAAUAAACCAGAUUUUAAUUAGCCUUAUCAAUCAGUUUUGCUUGGUUGUUGUAUGUUGUAGGGCUGGGCGAUAUGGACCAAAACUCAUAUCUUGAUAUUGAUUAGCUGAAUGGAGCUACUCGAUAUAUAUCGAUAUGUAUUUUAUUAACAGUGAAAACACAUGGAAAAAUAAACUACCUGUUUGUGAAUUUAAAAAGUAAUAUUAUAAAAUGUUCCUUAAAUACAAUAAAAGAGAGAGAGAGGAGGAGCAGGGUUAAGAGGGACAGACAGUCAGUCAUCAUCAGUGAGAUGAGAAAAAGACGACCUGUCACCCCUGUAACGUUAUUUUAAUACAACAUAAACUAUAUCGAUAUUAAUGAUAUUGACUUACCCUAUAUCUUGUUUGAAAAUAUAUCGAUAUAUCUUAAAAAGUCGAUAUAUUCCCCAGCCCUAGUAUGUUGGCUUCUGUGUUAAAAUGUGAUGCAAAACUCAAAUGAAAGCACUAUAAGUGUAAAAUAUUAAAGUGUCCACCUGAAUUUCUAUGUUUGAAUUGCUUUGCAGGAAAGUUUCUUGUUUUUGAAAUAAAACGAGUUUUAUUAAAUU